AUGGGGGCUGAGAAUUUUACUUUUGUCACAGAGUUCAACUUGGAAGGAUUGUCCAAACACCGCAAGACUCAGAUUCUCCUCUUUGUGGUCCUUCUUCUGAUCUACUCAUUCACCAUAAUGGGGAAUCUAGCGGUCAUCCUGCUGGUGAGGUCUGACUCGCGCCUCCACACGCCCAUGUACUUCUUCCUCACACACCUCUCAGGUGCAGAGAUCUGUUAUGCCACCAGCACGGAGCCACAGAUGCUGGCUCAUCUCUUGGCUGGAAAUGGAAUCCUCUCCUUCACGGGUUGUGUGGUCCAGAUAUUCGUUGUAUUGUUCAUGGGCACUGCUGAAAACUUUCUGCUGGGCAUCAUGGCCUAUGACCGCUAUUUGGCCAUUUUCCACCCCCUAUUGUACACCCUUGCCAUGAGCAAACGGCGCCAAUGGCAGCUUGCUUUCGCUUGCUGGGCAGCAGCCUUCCUUUUCAGUCUGACGUAUGUCUGCUGUACUUUCAGUCACUCAUACUGUGGUCCCAACUACAUUGAUCACUUUAUCUGUGACAUGCCAUUGGUGUUGAAACUCGCAUGUGAUGAUACUCAGAUCACACAGGCCAUCAUAUCUGUGAUGGCGGGGAUGGGACUCAUGAUUCCCAUUUCUCUUAUCAUGACCUCCUACGGGCUCAUACUGUUCUCGGUGUUAAAAAUGCGAUCAGCCUCUGGGCAGCGCAAAGCCUUCUCCACAUGUGCUUCCCACCUAAUAGUAGUGACUGUGUUCUACGGCACGGUCAUUUCUAUGUACAUGAUUCCUCGGUCAAGCACAUCUUCCCGUCGGGAUAAACAAAUUGCUGUGUUUUAUGUUGUGGUCACGCCACUGCUCAAUCCAAUCAUUUAUACUCUGCGGAACAAAGAUGUCCAUGGAGCAGUAAGCAAAGUGCUGUGGAGACGAAACCUUGACCAAAAAAUUUGA